CCAUGUGUUUCUGUCUGUCAGGCUGCAUGAUCAACUGAUGGACACACAGAAGCUCACUGGCUUUCUCUUUCACUGCUCUAAAUCCCAUCUUUUCCGGGUGUUUUGGGGGUUUCCCUUGUGUUUUCUUGCUUGAUUUCAUUUUCGAGGUGAAGCAAAAGUCUUAAGCGUGGUCUUUUUUCCCACCUCCCUCACUUUCUUGGAGUUUCUGUUUCCUUCAUUUGAGAUUUUUCCUCCCUUUUAAAAAAAAAUUUCCAGCCUGAUCGCCUGCUCUUCUGUGUGUACAUCAACCCUUCCUUUCCCCCUGCUCUCCUUUUCCUCCCAUUUUCCUCCGUUCCUCAUCUCCUCGUGUGUCGUUUUUGGGCUAUGCUCUCCUCACCCACUGUGAUCCUCCAGCCUUAUGGACUCCCCGUCUACCCACAGGCAACCACAUGCUACCCCAGCAUAGUUCAGGGGGCCCCCACUCAGGAGGCUGCCCCAGGCAGCGCAGACCCUGCCCUGCCUCAGGUCUAUGCCCCGCCUCCCUCUUACCCCCCACCAGGUCAAGGUCCCCCAACAUCCGCCAGCAGACUGGCAACUCUCGACUUUAGCUCUGCACAUCCGAGCUCAGAGUACCAGGAACAUCCCCAGCUCAGAGUCUAUCAGGGCCCUCAGCACGAUGGGGGCGACUCUCUGACAUCUGGCAACACGGAGGACUCUUUGGUCCCCGUGACCUCUGACCCCCAGUCUCUCGGUGUGUCCGUGUCAUCGGGGGGCGGGGCAGGAAGCGGUAGCGAGGAAGAGGGGUCAGGUAAAACCCAACCGAAACGCCUCCAUGUCUCGAACAUCCCCUUUCGCUUUAGAGACCCAGACCUCCGCCAGAUGUUUGGGCAAUUUGGCAAGAUCCUCGAUGUAGAGAUUAUCUUCAAUGAGAGGGGGUCAAAGGGCUUUGGAUUCGUCACUUUCGAGAAUGCUACCGAGGCUGACAGAGCAAGAGAAAAGCUGAACGGGACAAUUGUGGAAGGGAGGAAGAUCGAGGUUAAUAAUGCCACUGCACGAGUAGUUACCAAGAAACCCCAAACGCCUCUCGUGAACGGUGAAAUCUCAACUUCCGGUUGGAAGAUCAACCCGGUCAUGGGGGCCAUGUACGCACCUGAGCUCUAUACAGUUGCCAGUUUUCCGUACCCUGUAGCGACUCCUACGCUGGCCUACCGCGGUUCAGCGCUGCGUGGUCGGGGUCGAGCUGUCUACAGCACAAUUCGCUCCACUGCAACCACACCUGCUGCUGUCCCCACCUACCCUGGGGUUGUGUAUCAGGAUGGACUGUAUGGAGCAGAAGUCUAUGGCGGAUACCCUGCAGCAUACAGAGUGGCUCAGUCAGCAUCUGCUGCCACAGCGACCUACAGUGAUGGAUAUGGACGGGUUUACGCUCCAGAGGCCUAUCACCACUCAGUCGGACCAACAACAUAUGGGGUCGGUACAAUGGCCAGUUUGUACAGAGGAGGAUACAACCGCUUCACCCCCUACUGAGGCCCGGUGAAGGGCAGGGUCGUCGGGCAUCUCUGUUGAACUUUGGGACACUGCAGGGCAGAUUACAAUAAUCCUUAAAAACAACCUCGGAAAUGUGGCACACGUGGUGUCACCUCCUGUCUCCAUCACAACCUCUCCUCGGGAGACUAAACAGACUGAAGGUUAAAAUACUGUAGGACCCACUUACCAUCCGCUCUGCUGGAGAAUACGUAGGAGACGCUGUUGCUUGAAACCUUUUAAUGCUUUGCUUUUUUUUUUUUUUGGAUAAGUGGUUAAAAAAAUACUGUGAGAU